AGUCUGUAUGCGAAGCUCACUUUGUGAACUUUCUUUAUUUUUUCACAGAUGCUCAGGAAGGCCCAUGAAACAGGAUUCCUAUCCUGGUUUCGAAAUGGUUUGCUGGCAACCGGAGUCGGAGUGAUAUCGUAUAUGCAGAGUGACACAGGAAGAGAGGCGGCUUAUGGAUUCUUCAUCCUUGGCGGAGUCUGUAUCUCCUACGGGAGCGGCUCGUACAUUGCUAACCUCUUCCUGCUGAGGAGGAUGAUGAUGCUGUCUGUGCCAACAGCUCUGGUGAGUGGGCUGGUGGUGGGGGCGGUGGCCCUGUUCUGGCUGUGCGCUGUCUCCCUUUACAUCGGGCGGCUAGAAGUGGAGAUCAUCCACGACGAGGAAUGCGAGGACUGCAAGUCAAAAGAGGGCAAGAACAAAUCGGACAAGUAAUGAGGGCGGAUACAGAAAGGAGGCGAUCGGGUGUUGAGAGUUGAAUCUUGCAUAUGUAGAAAUCUGUAUAUACAUAUUAUGGGUGCACAGGAUUUAAAGUUCCUAUGUUGAAGCAAUUAUUGACACAUCAAGGUUAAUUCAUUGGCUAUAAAGCACUUUGGGACAUCAGGCAUCAUGAAGAGCGCUAUAUGAAUGUAAAUUCUUACUUCUAUUUAAUUACUGAGCUAAAGGAAAAGAAUAUAAAUUUGACGUUUACGCAGUCUGGGUUCCUUUUUUAUUUUGUUUUUGGUCAGGUUCAGAGAUGUACCAAUCUGGGAGGUUCCUACAUCAAAGUGGCUGAGGUAGUCUGUUUUAUGGAGCAAAGGAUCCACUGUAAUCACAGGCCAUAAGAAAAAUAACAAAAGCCCAGACUGAGUUCAUUAUCCUGAUCAUCCCCCAGACUUCCUCAACAGCCCUGCUGUAAUCUGCAUGUUUAAUGGGUAAGGAUAAUUGUUAGGUUUAUUGUUAUCCUUCCACGUGAUUAGAUAGCCUUGCAGUAAGUUCUGACUUAUGCAUGGAGAGCAGUUGUCAGGGCUGGAGAGAGGCUGCAAAAAGCAUACCCAGGGUUAGCACCAUGAGGUUACUGGAAUUAAGCGAAGACCAGCUUGCAAUGGGCCAAAUGGCUAAAAGUGCUGCAUCAUUACCUUGUCUUAUUCCCAGGCCCUGUCUGUGAGCCUUUUAUUGCACAUGGUCUUUGGUCUGUGCAGCUCUAAUUCGAAGCUUCUGUGUGAUAAAGGCAACCUCCUUCCUUGGGUUAUUUAUUGACACCUCCUUGGCAUUGUAAAAAACGAAAUCUCAGAGCAAAGCUCUACAGGUUGGCCACUUAACUGUUGAUUUCACAAGUGGCUUGUGUUAUUCUGCACUUCAACGUGAACAAAUGAAAUAAAAUGCAUAUUUUAAAAUGUU